AAACAAAAGCGCUAGACGGCAGCACUGUAUCACAACGAGUGCGUUCUCCGUUUUCAUUUCCAGGAACAGGUCGUUGUAGGAAAUUUACAGUAACAACUCCGUAAAAAUAGUAAUGGCGGGAGGCGAUAAUGGGGGGCAGUCAAGAGCCGGCUACAACGACAGAGAAAAGCCGAGCGAAAUCCGUCGCAGUAACAUCACUGCAGCAAAGUCGGUAGCUGAGGCCGUGCGCACAAGCCUUGGACCAAAGGGAAUGGAUAAGAUGAUACAGUCAGGCACAGGCGAGGUAACCAUUACCAACGAUGGCGCCACCAUCUUGAAACAGAUGCAGGUGCUGCACCCUGCAGCGAGAAUGCUUGUUGAGCUGUCGAAGGCGCAAGACAUCGAGGCGGGAGAUGGAACAACUACGGUAGUCGUCCUUGCUGGCAGUCUACUUGACGCUGCUGCAACGUUGCUGUCUAGAGGGAUUCAUCCAACGCAAAUCUCCGAGGCAUUCCAGAAGGCUGCUGCCAAGGCUGUAGAGAUAUUGGUCGGAAUGGCAAUGCCUGUUGAGCUUAGUGACAGAGAAUCACUGUUGAAAUCUGCUGCAACAUCUCUCAGCUCUAAGGUUGUGUCACAGUAUUCAAGUUUUCUCUCACCACUAGCUGUUGAUGCUGUGUUGAAGGUCGUUAAUCCGGACAUAGCCGAUAACGUUGACCUUGGAGACAUCAAGAUAAUCAAGAAGGUCGGUGGAACGAUAGAGGACACGGAGCUGAUAGAAGGCAUGGUGUUCACGCAAAAGGCAGCCGGGUCUGGCGGACCCACCCGCAUCGAGAAGGCUAAGAUCGGUCUGAUCCAGUUCUGCAUUUCCCCACCAAAGACAGACAUGGAGAAUCAGGUGAUUCUCUCCGACUACACGCAGAUGGACCGGGUGCUGCGCGAGGAGCGCGCCUACAUCCUCAACAUCGUCAAGGCGAUCAAGAAAUCCGGCUGCAACGUGCUGCUCAUCCAGAAGUCGAUCCUCCGCGACGCCGUCAACGACCUCGCUCUGCACUUCCUCGCCAAGAUGAAGAUCAUGGUCGUCAAGGACGUCGAGCGAGAGGACAUCGAGUUCGUCUGCAAGACGCUCGGCUGCAAGCCGAUCGCCAGCCUCGACCACUUCUCCACCGACAUGCUCGCCGCGGCCGACCUCGUAGAAGAGAUCACCGCCGGCACCGGCAAGCUCGUCAAGGUGACGGGGGUCGUGUCGCCGACUGCCGUGCGCACCGUCUGCGUGCUCGUGCGCGGCUCCAACAAGCUGGUGCUCGACGAAGCCGACCGGUCGAUCCACGACGCGCUGUGCGUCAUCCGCUGCCUCGUGAAGCGGCGCGCGCUCAUCGCCGGCGGCGGCGCGCCCGAGAUCGAGAUGUCGCUGCGUCUCGCCGAGUACGCGCAGACGCUGCGCGGCGCCGAGGCCUACUGCUUCCGCGCGUACGCCGAGGCGCUCGAGGUGGUGCCGAUCACGCUCGCGGAGAACGCGGGGCUCAACCCGAUCGCGACGGUCACGGAGCUGCGCAACCGGCACUCGGUCGGCGAGGCGAGCGCGGGCAUCAACGUGCGUCGCGGCACGGUGACGAACAUCCUCGAGGAGAACGUCGUGCAGCCGCUGCUCGUGUCGACGAGCGCCGUCUCCCUGGCGACGGAGACGGUGCGCAGCAUCCUGAAGAUCGACGACAUCGUCGUCGCCGUGCGCUAAACUGCGGCAGCGGGGUCGGGGUGUUUUUUUUUGUCUCGCGUGCAGAUGCGGUGCCCCGCUCGAGUUACCUGUGGUCCCCCGUCGGAUAUGUCGCGAGUAGUUUAUCGACUGUCGUGAGUCUAAGUAACAUUUUUGUAGCUUUUGCGUCAACAGUUUGUGUUCAAAGUUACGUGACUAUUUGGACUUCUGGCAUUGUAAUUAUUUGUGACGUUUCUGACAACGGCCGCCUACCUGGGCAGACACCAGUGAUAUUUAUUUCCAAGUCUUGGCGCUGUACCGCGUGUCGACUUCCUUGUUUUUUGCUUUGUUUCCGUCGCAGUGUAGCCGUCUGCAUUGUUUCACAUCAUGUAAGUCCAGCGUGAAGUUGGCCGUCGUGUAUGCCGCCACUCUACAAGUAAUAAUAACCUACAUACCCAUUCUUGCUAUAGUAUCGUAUAUGUGAGGUCACAGUCACCGUCACACUCGGCACGCGGGGAGGGGGAGAAACGAGAAGUAUUCGUUCACGUGUGUAAGGAAAACAGGAUUCUAGCAGCACCUCCAUGUAAGAACUGGCAAUUUACAUGCAUUUGUAGAGUGGCAAAAUUCAAGGCAUGUGCAUCGUUUUCAAGUUCUGUAUUAAGGAUGGAAAUCGCUUUCCAAUAAACAUUGAUGAACUUUAAUUUUAAACUACGA